AUGGCGACUUCCCCUUCUACAACUACAACUACACCUACAACUACGUCACCGACGACUUCUAUGGCGACUUCUCCUUCUACAACUACAACUACAGCACCGACGACUUCCUUGGCGACUUCCCCUUCUACAACUACAACGUUGACAUCUACCAUAGCGACGUCCCCUUCUACAGCUACAACUACAACUACAACUACAGCACCCACGACAACAAUGGCGACUUCUCCUUCUACAUCUACAGCUACAGCACCGACAACAACUAAGGUGACUUCUCCUUGUACAACUACAAAUGCAGCACCGACAACGACCAUGGCGCCCCCCUCUGUUACCAUGACACCGACGGCUGUCAUGACAACCACUGAAGGCCCAUGCCCUCCAUGUUACGAAUUGUUCCAAGAAAACUGUUACAAAGUGUUUGAGGAGACCCUGAGGUACGAGGGGUCCGUGGAGACAUGCAGCAAAGACGGUGGCAUCCUUGCCACACCUCGUGACCGCACCACGGACCAGUUCCUGAUCGGGCUAAAGAACAGGGCGACGGGAAGCGAGUACGUCCGUAUCGGCCUGACGGACCGUGCUCAGGAGGGAGUGCUCGUGUGGAGUGAUGGCAGUCCUCUGCGCAAGGGCGACUACAGCCCCUGGACGAGGCGUUUACGCAACAAUGGCUUGAAGAACUGUGUGGAGUACGUCAGAGCAGAUUAUAACAUUCACUCUCUCGCCAUUCAGCCAAAUAAGUGGCAGAUUACUAGCUGUGAUUGGAAUCAGAUGUUCAUCUGCCAAGUCAAAAGCCGUGUGGAGACGUAG